AUGGUCAACUUAGAAUGGAUCGAAGAUCUUGGUUGGAUUUAUCUAAGGCAGCCUGAUGAUUUAUUGCUCAAGGAACAAUCAGCUCGUCGUUUUGACAAUAAAUCUCAUAAAUGGGUAGCAGAUUCGGUAGAAGGUUUUGUUGUUGCACCAGUAACCGUUGUCGAAGGCAAAGAAUUAACGAUACGUAUGCCGAAUAAUGAAAAGAUCAAAGUGAACAUAGACGAAGCACAAUCGAUUAAUCCAGCAAAAUACGAUAAAGCUGAAGAUUUAACAUCACUACAGUAUCUGAACGAAGCAUCCGUUUUGUAUACAUUACGACAACGAUUUAGUGCAUUAUUAACCUAUACGUAUGCUGGUUCAGUAUGUAUAUUUUUAAAUCCAUACAAGCAGUUACCAAUCUAUACAGAAACUGUUGCAAAUAUGUAUCUGGGACAGCGACGAUCAGAAAUGCCGCCACAUUUAUUUGCAAUAGCUGAUCAAGCAUAUCGGAAUAUGAUUCACGAAAAACGUAAUCAAUCGUUGAUUAUAACUGGAGAAUCUGGUUCUGGUAAAACCGAGAAUACAAAAGAAGCAAUUGUUUAUUAUACUCGAAUUGGUCAAAAUAAUAUCGGUGGUACAAGGGAAAAAAGAGCAGUACGCUUUCAAGACCAACUUGAGAAAUCUCUGGAACAUCGUUUGAUUGAAGUGAACCAUUUGUUGGCCAGUUUUGGUAAUGCGGCAACUGGUCGAAAUAUUAAUUCGUCACGUUACGAACGUUAUAUUGUAAAUGUUAUUGAAGUUUUACUGGAAAAGUCACGUGUCGUAAAACAAUUUCCGCAAGAACGUUCGUUUCACAUAUUUUAUCAGCUGAUAUCAAACAGAAAAAUAUGCGAAAUCUGCCUCCUUGAACGGGAUAUUAAAAAAUACAAAUUCGUUUGUCAAGCUGAAACACAUUUUCAUGGUCUUGACGAUUCCAACGACUAUAAGCGUACAGAUAAAGCACUAAGUUCAUUUGGUAUCACAGAAGAAGAACGUCAUAGUAUUUAUAAAAUAUGUGCUAGCGUCUUACAUUUAAGUCAGCUCAAAGCAAAGACUACUCGGAAUACCAGUUUGGCGUUUGAUGGGAAUGAAACUGUACAAAGGCUAUGUUUAUUGCUUGGACUUGAUCGUACAAAUUUUACUGAAGCAAUACUAAGGCCAAAACUGAAGGGAAAAGAUGUUCAACAGUCAUUGACUGUUGAACAAGUGCAUUCUGUGAUUGCAGACUUAGCUUGUACCAUCUAUACUUUACUGUUUUCAUGGCUUAUUGCUAGCCAAUUGCAGUAUAACACAUUUGAACGAUUUUGGAUCAACUUUGUAAAUGAAAAGCUACAACAGUACUUUAACAAUCAAAUGUUUUCAAUGGAACAAGAGGAGUACAGGCAGGAGAAGCUAAAGUGGCAACUUGUUGACUUUGGUCAUAAUUUACAGCCCUGUAUUAAUCUUAUACAGCUGCCUUCUGGUAUUCUCGGAAUACUCAACAAAGAAUCUGAAAGUGACAGCGGUAGUAACGAUGCUCUUUACAUAAAACUUAAUGCAAAUUUCUCCGAUCGGUGGCCGUAUUACAGACCAGAAUAUAUGCACCCUAAAACGAAAAAGAAAGAAUUUACGGUAUUACAUUACGCCGGACAAGUUCGAUAUAGCGUUGAUGACUGGGUCGAAAAAAACAGAAGCCUAACCUGUGAAUCACUAAUUUCUGUUUUUAAAACUGCCAGCGAUAAAACGUUCUUUCCAAAAUUAUGGGAAAAUUACCCCGAAGGACGAAAUACUGAUUCACACUGUGUAGAAAUUUCAACGACCUAUUCUACCGCUUAUACCAACUCGUUGUCUAAACUUUUUCGUGAUCUCGAAGAAACUCAGCCACAUUUCGUUCGAUGUAUCGUACCUAAUGAUCUCAAACAAAGUGCAGUCUUUGACGGCCCUCUUAUACUUAACCAAUUGUCAUGCAAUGGAAUUUUGGAAGCCCUUCGAAUUUGUCGUAACGGAUAUCCAGAGAAAUUAUCAUUUGCUGAAUUCCGUAACCGAUAUUCCAUUAUUGCAACAAGUGACUCAACAGAUGUAGAUGAUCGUAAUGUAGUUGAAGCAAUGCUUCAGACUCUACAGCAAAAAGAAAUCCUAAAGGAAAAUCAAUUUCAAAUGGGUCAAACUAAGGUCUAUUUCAAGCACAGUGUGUUACACAAUUUAGAAAAACUUAGAGAAAUAGCACUAUCAGAUGUCAUAGUACAAUUGCAAAGUGCUUGCAGAUUUUAUUUAGCCCGGCUUCACUACUUAUCGCUUAAUGAAAAAAGGCUUGCAAUUUUGACUAUACAGCAAAAUGUUCUUGCCUGGAUUCAGAUGCAAAACAGUCGUUGGGUACAACUUUAUUUUCAUCUGAAGCCCCUUAUACCACUUUUGACCACAAAAAGAGAUUUUGCAGAACUCAGUCGGAAGAUCGAGGAAUUGGAAGAAUCAAGAGAAGCAGACGCCGUAGCAAAAGCUGCUAUUGAAAAGGAGUUGGAGGAAGAACGGAAUAAUGCUGCAGAAAUUAAACGUGAAUUUGAAGAGAAGAGGAAACAACUUCAGAAAGAAAAAGAGGCAACCGUUCGAGCCGUUUUGACUGAGCUACAGGAAGAAUUUGAUAUGAUCAAAGUCGAAAAAGAAAAUCUUGAACGUAAUAAUGCACUAGUAUUACGUGAAAACGAGAAACUGAAAAGCGAUAUUCAAGAACUGACGCAGAAGCUGGAGAAACGGGAAAUUGCUGAUGCAGAAAGCAGGCAAAGAACAAUGGCUGAAAAGCAGUCAUCGACAGUCAGUGACGGUACUCAGUCGGACAAUACAGUACCAGGAACUUCAGGUUUAGACGCGUCUUAUUUAAGCAGCAGCAGAAAUCCCUCAUAUGAAGAGAUGGAACUAAUGAGGCGAAAAUAUGAUCGACUGGAAACAAGGAAGAAAGAACUGCAACAAAUGACCGAUGACUACGAGCGACAAAUUCACAGUCUAAAACAAGCAAAAGAGGAAUCGAACCGUGGUAACAGUGGUGCAGAAUUGAACGAAUGGAGGGCUAGAUUAAAUCACGAUGCCGACUUGAUAAACAAACUUCAAUCUAACACUAAAAAGCUCAUUGCACGGAUAGAAGAACUGGAAGCCGAGCUACACGACGAACAACAAAGUAAAUUACGGGUGGAAAAGCAACGUAGCGAUUUACAAAAAGAAUUGGAUCUUAUCAAUGAAGAGGUUUAUGAAACCAACAGUCAUUUGAACGCUCAAAUGCAAAUUAACAAAUUACGGCAAAUCGAGGUCAGAGGGCUACAAAAAGCGAUUGAAGAACGGUCAACGUCACAUGAAAAAGAUAUGGCUGAUUUACUGUCACUACAAUGGUUAACGGUUAACAGUUUGCGCAAUCUUACUAUACAGGUUCAUUUGGUUGCAACGCUUGCUAUCUGCGUUGUUGACUGCAAUGUUCAUUGUUUGCCUGCAUUUUCAGUCCUGUGCCUGAAUACAUACAUCAUACACACUUGUAUUAUGAGGGCAAACAAGAAAAAAAAAAGCACAGGAAGACAAGGGCUGAACGACGAAGUAAAAAGGGUUGAGGAGAAGGGGAAGCAAAUGGAAACGGGGCGAGUAAGAGCCCCUUAAAG